GACUUUACCGCUGACGGACUCUGAAAUGACAUAAUGGUAAACACAGAAAGAAGAGCUCCAGUCUGCUUUCCUGCAUGGUUUGGCUGUAAGGAGUGGACAGCAUGCGUGAGUCAACAGGAGUUCAGUGGGAAGUUCGAUGAGUAACUAACCGUCAUGAUGAUGCACAGUCAGGUCAGAGCUGUAUCUGCAGGCCGAGGACGUCAUGUAAAGCCACAAACAGCCAUCCGGUGACCUUACAGCCAACUGAUUGGAUGAAAUCGUAAAGCUGAUGCCCCUGAGUGGAGGGGUUUUACUGUUUUUCCAUUGCCCGUAGUGAGUGUAUCUGGCUGCGUAACAUCGUUUGCCACCCAAAUUGGAUUGUACUGGAGAGUCCCGGGCGGCUGCCAGUCCUGUUCAGCUCUGGCAUGAAGCUGCAGUAGCUCCCAGAGGAAGACUCACAGACUGGAUGAAGGCCCUGUCUCGAGGUGGAGAGCAGGACUCGGCUUCAGCAGCAGUUCGUGAAGUCUGGAUGUUCUCUUCCUAGCGUACACAGAGGGCUUGCAUUUGUCCAGCCGACUGCUAGUUUUGUUUGUUGGACAUGUGCAUGCCACUAGCGGGAUUUUUGCUCCCAUUUUGGAAAGUAAUCUAGUUAUAAGACUUCCAGCCCGACUCCUGGUCCAUCCAUGGAGGGUCUGGAGCAGCUUGACAUGGUGGGCGACAUCAGCCCGGCUCUGGAGGCCACGGAGGACUUCAUCCACUGCAUGGACAGGAUGCAGGGCCAGGGUCCGAGCCAGGCUCAGACGGGGAACCUCCAGCCUCCCAGGCAGCCGAAGCAGCUGCAGGAGGUGUCCAGCGCCGCGCUGGGGAAGCUGAGCUCCAGCGGCGUCUGGAGCCUGCUGGCCGGAGAGCAGCCUGAGGUGGGGCCUCUGGGCCUGGCCUGGGCCGACAACUUCAGCGUGCUGGGGCUGGGGAUGGGCCUGAGGCACGGCAAGAGAAGCCGAGCGCGAUCCACCAACGACCUGGCGGCACAUAGCAAAGAGUGCACCAACAACACAGCCAGCUCCUCGUCCAACUCGGCCUUCAAGAAGGGGCACAACCGGUCCAGAUCGGAUGUCAACUACCGUCCAUCCGCGUACACAGACAAUGGCCUGCCCACGGUGGACUGCAACACACUGAAGAACAUGAUCCUCAACCACCAGCAGGAGGGUGAUAAAAGCAGCAGCAGCAGCAGUGUGGUGAAGCAGGGUGAGAUGGAGCAGCGUGAGGGGCCCCGGGGCCGCUGGACUCCCUGCCAUGUCGAGCUGACGCCCUGCGAGCUGCGACUCUACACUCUGGACAGCAGCGCCAAUCGCCAGCUGGGCACUGCCUACUCCCUUUCCCACUGCCAGAGCGUCAUCUCACCAGCACCCUGCAGCCAGCCCGGCCAGGCCGCCCAGCCCGCCGACCAGCGCACGCUCCAGGCUUUGUUCUUCAACUGCACGCGCCUCCAGCUGAGGGCGUCCAGCCAGUGGGAGGCCGUGGAGUGGAGGCGGCUGAUGUGGGAGAAGGUGCAGGCAGCCAGACCCACAAGGCAGGAGAACCGCCAGCACAAGACCGGGGUGGAGAACCAACAGGUCGCCAAGUUUCCCACGCCCAUGUCACCCUCGUCGUCGCCCUCUCCGUCUGGCCUGGACACUCGGCCCGACGGCGACAGCGACACCCCCACCUCCGUGGAGGCGUCGCUCUCUCUUCAGCCCGUCGUCCUGAGCAGACCCACCACCCUGCCUCUGUUCACCCAGCGCUGCCAGGACGUCCUCAAGGCCGGCCUGCUGCACCAGCUCAUGGAUCAGAACAACUGGCGGGCCUUCACCUUCGUCCUGACCAGGUCUGCUCUCCAGGCUUUCCCUACCGAAGGCCGGGGGUCUGUUUCCCAGCCCGUCCAUCAGUUCUCCCUGGCAUCCUGUCUGUCUGUACAGCACGAUCAGGAGCCGGAGAACGGAGAGCAGUGGACCGACAGAGGGGAAGCUUUCCAGGCCGUGUUCCCCAACGAGGUGCUCAGACUUCGGGCGGACGACCAGCUGAAGGCCCAGGAGUGGGUGGAGGCUCUGAGGGAAGCAGUCGGAGCGCAGAAACCUGCACAGGAAGAAGGGAGAGAGUCAGGAGAAGGACCCCCAGGCCUCCAAGGGGUGCUGCUGAGAUCCAAGCCAUCCCGGGAUAGGAGGCAGAGGGAGGCCCAGAGAGCCAAGAGGCAGUCGGUCACCACCAGUUUCCUCAGUAUCCUCACCUGCCUGGCUGUGGAGAAGGGGCUCACCGCUCAGAGCUUCAGGUGUGCAGGUUGUCAGCGUCCCGUCGGUCUCUCCAGAGGAAAGGCGAAGGUGUGUUACUACAGCGGCUGGUAUUACUGCCAGAGCUGCCAUCAGGACAACUCUUUCCUCAUCCCAGCUCGCCUGCUGCACAACUGGGACACCAGCAAGCACAAGGUGUCUAAACAGGCCAAGGAGUUCCUGGAGUUUGUGUAUGAGGAGCCGCUGUUGGACAUCCAGCAGCUCAACCCCUGUCUGUACGAACACUGUGAGGCUCUGAGCACCGUCCUGCGCCUCCGUCAGCAGCUCCAGUCUCUAAGGGCCUACCUGUUCAGCUGCCGGGCAACCAUUGCUGAGGACCUCAGGCGAAGGAUUUUCCCCAGGGAAUACCUGCUACAGCACAUCCACCUGUACUCCAUGGCUGACCUGCAGCAGGUGAUCGAUGGAAAACUGGCUCCCUUCCUGUCCAAAGUGAUCAAGUUCGCCAGCUCCCACGUUUUCAGCUGCAGUUUGUGUCGAGAAAAAGGCUUCAUCUGUGAGCUCUGCCACAACGGACAGGUCAUCUACCCCUUCCAGGAGAACGCCACCCGCAGGUGCGACGGUUGCGGCGCCGUUUUCCACGCCGAGUGUCGUCAGAAAGCUCAGCCGUGUCCUCGCUGCGUCCGCCGUGAACUCCACCACAAGAGGCCGUCGUCCUUCUGGUCUCCGGACGACGACAGUCCCGGCUGCUUCCACCUGCCCUACCAGGACACCUGAGACACAAUCCCUGGAGGUUAGGGCACAGCCGGACAGAGCGUCUGCUGUGUCUGACCUGCGGAGUCUGCAGGACGGACCUCGUGACAGUUUGAACCGGACGAUGAACGCACAACAUCGGACUCGUCGUCAGGUUUGUGUUUUCGUGUGUGUGUUCCCGCCAACGCACACACACACCUGAGCUGAGCCCCCCUCUAUCCGACAGGGAGAAAAAAACCAAGGACUGCUGCGUCAGGCUUGUGUUUUGUAGUCAAACGUCUUCACAAACUCGACCAUCUUCAUCCCUACAACACGGCACAAACCUUCACUUACCCCAGGAGUCACAGCUGUAAACUCACAGCUGGAGAACCGGAGAACAUCUGCAGUUUAUCUCCAAGCUUAAGCUCAGCAAUGACGUUAGAAAAUUAAUGACCAUUUACAGCAGCUGAUUAAUAAUAAUUAAAGAAGAUUUGCUGCUUCUCUGUGUGGUUUUGGACGGUUGGAAGAAGCAAACAAACGUCUUUCUGGCCUCUGGGAACUUGCAAUGGUUUGGUUGUCUUUGUUUACAAACUAAAUUACACAAAAACUGAGGGAAAACUGGAUUUAUCUGUAAUGGAAAUAAUCUAUAGAUAGGUUAGAUUAACCCCAGACCAUCUGAACAUGAAGCUCUCACUCUAGAGCUGUGAAGUUUGGCUGGAAAAAGUUGGUUUUCUUCUUUAUGGAAAGCAGCAGCUAAUAGAUUUACAUGAAGUAGAGACAAAUUUAACAUUAGAGUUCACAUCGUUUCUGUCUUAAAACAUCAGUCUGUUGCUCCUUUGGAUAAUAAAACAGGAUUUGCUUACUGUCGUAUUUCUCCCGGUUCUUUCUGAGCAUUAAUUUCCGUUUUUCAGAAUGAAUUCAAACCAAAGUGACGCAGGACAGUCUCCACAGUCCUGGUUCUGUGUGAAACUAAUCCAGAGUUGAACCAUUUAACCAUUUUCUGAACAUUUAGAGACAAAGCAGCUCAACUAUUUAUUGAAGAAGACCUAUUAAUAAAAAUAAUCUGUUCGUAAAAUCACAUUAAAUUAUACAUUUGUAGUAAUUUUUCAACAACAAACUACAGAAUCACACUGAAGUUAUUUUUUGUUGCUGCUGCUGUUUGUGAAGAAGCAGAAUCUAAACAUUUACAGUUAAAUUUAAGUCUUCAAGGAGAGCUGCUGGAAAAUUUCCAGAAAAUUGCCAUAAAAUUGCUAUACAGUUCCUGGAAAAUUCCCACAAAAUUACUGGAAAAUUCCCACAAACUUGCCAUGAAAUUCCUAAAAAAAAUUCCAGUAAAUUCCUGGGAAAUGUCCGUUAAAUUGCUAUAAAGUUCUUGGAAAAUUUCUACAAAAUUCUUGGAAAAUUCCCAUAAAGUUGCCAUAAAUUUGCUUUAAAUUCUUGGAAAAUUUCCACAAAAAUUCCUGAAAAAUUCCCAUAAAUUUGCUAUAGAAUUGCUAUAAAUCUUCCACAAGAUUCCCAGGAAAUUGCCAUGAAAUUGUUAUAAAAUUCUAGGAAUAUUUCCACAAAAUUCCUUGAAAGUUUGAAUAAAGUUGCCUUUAAUUUGCUUUAAAUUCUUGGAAAAUCCCCACUAAAUUACCAUGAAAUUCCCAUAAAGUUGCUAUAAAAUUGCCAGAAAGUUUUCACAAAAUUCCUGGAAAAUUCCUAUAAAUUUGCCAUAGAAUUGCUACAAAAUUCCCUGAAAGUUUCCAUAAAGUUGCCAUAAAUUUACUGUAAAGUUCUUGGAAAAUUCCCAUAAAGUUGCCAUGAAAUUACUAUAGAAUCCCUGGAGAAUUUUCACAAAUUUCCAGUAAAAUUCCCACACAUUUCCAGGAAGUUCUCUGAAGACUUAGAGAAAAAGCAGCUUACCUAUUUAUCAAAAAAGAACUGAUAUUGAAAAUAAUCCAUUAGUAAAACCACAUUAAACUAUAAAUUUAGUCAUUUUUCAGAGUCACGCUGAUGUUAAUUUCUGUUGCUGCUGUUUGUGAAGAAGCAAAAUCCAAACAUUUAACAGUUAAAUUCCCGUCUUCAAGGAGAGUGUCUGAUUAGAUUUUGGGUUCACCUGUAAUUAGAAUUAUUAGAUUUGGAUCUUUUUACCCAAAUAUAAUAAUAAUAUUAAUAACUAAAAUAUUAGCUGUGACUGAAGUAUAGAAUCCCUCCAUCCUUUCUCACAUUUUCCCUCCAGCUAAGUUAUUAAAUGUGUCGAUGUGGAAUGAAAGAUGAUUUUUAACUCAUUUUAUCAGUGUUCUGUACUGUAAAUGUGAACAGCAAACAGACUUUAAUUUGAAAGGGUCUCUGUCUGUCUGAGCACUUCCUCCUCCUCCAUCAGUGUGACUGUAAAAUGAAAAGGGGCAAUAAUCUACUGUAACUUAUUCUCUCAUUGCUGCCUUUCUCCUUCCUCUGUGCUUCUUCUUCUUGUGCUUUAUUCAUGCAGAACCUUUGGGACAUGAUAGCAGCUUUAGCUUUUAGUAUCUCUAUGCAACCUAGACGGCCUUUAUCAUCCACUGCUUUCACACGUAAAGGUCUGAAACACACUUUGUUUGUCUUCAUGCUGCUGCAGCGGCUGCGUUUCCGUCCAGUCUGAAGGAGGAUUUCAUGGAAAAUCUCAUAAAAUCUUGGAGAAAUUAUGCAGAUUGUUUGAUUGUAGCUGACGAAACAGCGACGCAAACUGAAAAUAUAUUCAAGAUUUAAUACAAUUAUGCAAAUAUCUGUCUCAGAAUCAGCUGUUUUUGGUUCAAAGUUUUUCAUGUCAAUUCAGAAUUGUACACUUUUUUCUUUCCUACACGAAAAAUAAUGUUGCUUCAAUCAGCAAUGAAAGAAAUAAAGUGAACUUAGUUGCACUGUUUGAAGAGUUUAAGUUUCUAACCAGCCUUCAGAUUCAUCAACUGCAGCUUUAACCUUUAAAAUGUCAGAAUUUAAAGCAUUGAUGGAAACCCAGCCGCUGUUUCUUCCUGCUACAUGUUUUCUUUUUCCUAAUAAACUGAAGUCUAAGUGCGGCCGGACGGCUUUUAUUUGAUUUCAGUUUUCACUUUUUUCCUCACCUGUCCAGCUCCAUCGUCUUUUUCAGCUUGUUUGAGCCGUAAAACUGUUUCUGAAGCAGAUUUGUGUUCCUGUAAUGAAGCAGCAGCUCUGGUUUUAUUCAGGAAUGUGUGUUUUUGUGGAGAUCAAACGAGGUUAUUUGUGUUUACGAAGCGUGAAGGAAACUUGAAUAGCUGAAUAUGUAGUUUACCAAAUGGCAAGAAAAAUGCACUGAAGUGAAAUUUAGUUUUGAAGGUUAAACCUGAAGCCGGCUGAAAUUAAAAAUGUUUACGUUGUUGUUGGCGGACUGUGCCUGAAGGAAAAGGUUGUGAUGGUUGGAAUCAGGGCUCCAGACGAACUCGUCACUGGUAACUUUGGUGCUCCCAACGUUUUGGUCGCACCAGCCAAUAAUCUGGUCGCCUCACCUCCUUAUUCUGGUUCAGCAUGGCCCAGCUGAGUUAAUGUCCACCAUCAUGCUGAAGAAGUGCUGUUUUAGCAGAGCCUAGUUCUCUGAUAAAAGACUUCAUGUUUGUAAAAGGUUUUAAUCUGAAAAUGCAUUUUGUGAUAUCAGACAUAAACUGGGCACAAACACUUAUCAGUAAAUGCUACAUUCAGAAAACUCACAAAAAAAUCCCAGAAAAUUGCCAUGAAAUUCCCAUAAAUUUCCUAGAAAAUUCCUGGAAAAAUUCAACAAGAUUCUAUAAAAUGAAAUUGCCAGAUAAUUCCCAUAAAGUUGCCAUAAAAUUUCCACAAAAUGCUAGGAAAAUUCCCAUAAAAUUUUCACAGAAUUGCAGGAAAAUUCUCAGAAAAUUGCAAUGAAAUUCCUGGAAAAUUUCCUCAAAAUUUCCAUGAAAUCGCCAGACAAUUGCUAUAAAAUUCCCAGAAAAUGUCCACAAAAGACCUGGAAAAUUUGCAUAAAAUGUUCAUGAAAUUCCUGGAAAAUUUCCAUUAAAUUGCCGGACAAUUGCCAUGAAAUUGCUAGAAAUUUCCUAUAAAAAAAGUCCCAUAAAAAAUUGUAGGAAAAUUGUCAGAAUAUUAAAUUUCCAGGAACAUUACAAUGAAAUUUCAAGGAAAAUCCCAUAAAAUGUCCAUAGAAUUCCUGGAAAAUUCUGAUAAAACUCCCAGAGCAUUCCCAUAAAAUCCUAUGGAAAUUCUAUAAAAUAGUGGAAAGUCAAAUGCGACCAGUUUAAAUUUUCACUCUCAAAAACUUUUCUCUCAGUCUGGAGCCCUGGUUGGAAGCUUUUUAUUUCUGAAUGUAAUUUGACUUCUUUUUUUUUUAACUUUUGAAAUCCUGCUCUUACUUUGUGUACUGUGGAGCUCAGCAUGUAUCAGGAAUUUUCUUUGAAUAAUGUUUUUUUAAAUUCAUCUUACAGAUUCCCCACAGGCCUAAAUCACACCUGAAGGUUUAGUUUUUCUGCUUAGAAAAUGAGAAAAGCAUAAACAAACCUCCAAGUACCUGAUUCUCUUGUCACAGAAUAGAAUAUGAACUCUAUUAGCAGGUCUUUAAACUGUUAGCUGUGAAAUUUGUGUUAAAUGUUGUGUAACAAGUUUUUGUGAAUCACUUUAACCUGAAAAUGAAAAGUGAUUUAGUUUAUCUGGACAAACUUUAUACACAAUUAAAACUUAGUAAUGUUGCCUUGAUACGACUUGACAUUUACACUUUAUACUAUAAAUAAAUAAACAUAAAUAUCCAUGUGGUGUGUAUAAGAUCAUAUGUAAGAUCAUAAUUAGCCAAUUCAUCCACAAUUAUUAUUUUUUUUUGGUAUUUUGUAGAAUAUUAGGAAUAAAUAAAUCACCUCCAGAUGCCUGCUGGGCUCCAUAAAUAGUCUCUAAAAAAGCUGAAUUUGAGGAUUUGAUCAGAGUUUUGUUGAUGUCUUUACUUGUUUUCUGCCGUUUGUUCAUUCAUACAUCAUUUAAGUGCAGUUUUGUGUUUGAUUUUUUACCGUUUUCUCUGUUUUAUUUGAGUUGAACCUGCUCUGUGUGACGUUCCAGAUGUUUUUCAGGUGACCGUAAACCUCGACACUGAGUUUAAUGUUUGGAAAUGAGUUCAUGUUUUUAUGUUCUGUGAUCAUGGCAGUCUGUUUUCAGUUUAGAACCUCUUGUACAGUAUUUAAGCAGAGGAACUGGACUGAAACUCAUCACUUUCGCACUUUUUAAGUUAUUGUUUUUUUUGAAACAUCGCAGCCGAGCCCUUAUGCAGCACAGGGAGUUGAUUUUCUGUAUGAUUUCCUUCCUCACUCCCGUCCGGUUUGUUCAGAUUUGUCCGCUAGCCACUGAUGCCAAUAAAGACAAACUUCUUAAUA